AUGGAGAGACCAUACUGGUCUGUCUUAUUUGGUAAUCUUGAUUCAAUCAUUUUCGACCGUGUUACGAAGAUGCUGAAGAUGAAGACUGUGACAUACAAAGAUGUUAGGAUCAAAUAUGCGUGGUUGGCACUCGUCUCUGGUGGUAGAUUGGCGUUUAACAUGACAAUGAGCAGUGUUAAAGCAAGAAAUGAGAUUGAGCUAUCUCAAAACACACUUGCGAUUAAAGGCUUUACUUUUGCAUUACUGUUGGUCCUUGUCAUAACUAUACUUGCUCUGGUUGUGUAUGUGCUUCCUGGUGGGGUUGUGUCAUCUGAUUCGGAAACUGAGGGGGACAAUGAUGCUGACAAUGAGACAGAAAAUGAUGUUAAUAAAGAUGAAGCUGGUCCGAAAAUGAGGGUUCCACCUAUCCACGUUAGGUUAUUGUGUGAGUCUGACAAUGUUGAGGUUGAGUGUAUCAUAUCAGGAGAACCUGAUGGCCCGUUGGAUGUAACCUGGGAUGUGGAUGUGGCUGAGGAAACGGUUGACACAUUAGUUGAAUUGAUCAAUAAAAAUCACGAAAAACAUUUUAUCUGGUGGGCUAACUCGUGA